UGAACCUGACAGCUCAGAUUGUUUACGUCUCUCUGUGCAAAACAAUGGCGGAUUGUAACUAGUCCUUCAUUUUACAAGAUCGAUUUAACAAACUGACACUUGCAUUUGUCAUCUAUAUCUAAAGUAAUAACACGUAUCAGGUGCUAUGUCAGCCUUUGUAGUAAAGUGUGACAGCUCACAUGCAUUCAGCUCUCAGUGGCUCCACCGUUACACCCCUGUCGGAUAAUACAGAGAUUAUUUACUGUAUUUACAUUUACUGCACUGUUAUUUCAAUGCAAUUCACUUAACUUUACUUUUAACAUCUGUGUAAAUCAUCUGUACAGUGCUGCAAGCUGGUUAACCGCUGUUAGCCCGGGUCCCUGUCAAAGGUGUGCUGGGUUUUGAGCAAGAACAUGUCAGAUUUUGACGAAUUUGAGAGACAGCUAUCCGAGAACAAACAAGCUGACAGAGAUAAAGAAAACAAGCACCACCGGCGCAGCAGCUCCAGGAGUCAAAGCCAUGAGCAUGACAGGAAGAGAAGGAGCAGGGACCACCAUGGUGACAGCAAGGACCGCAGGCAUAGAUGGAGUCGCUCUCCUCACCGUGAAAAAAGAAAAGCUAAAGUGAAAAAGUAUUGGGACAUUCCUCCUGUUGGCUUCGAACACUUCACAACCAUGCAGUACAAAGCCAUGCAAGCUGCUGGUCAGAUUCCUGCCACCGCCCUCCUUCCGACAAUGACCUCUGAGGGUCUGACGAUGACCCCAACCCCAGUGCCUGUUGUGGGCAGCCAGAUGACUCGACAGGCUCGACGACUCUAUGUGGGCAACAUUCCCUUCGGCAUCACAGAGGAAUCCAUGAUGGAUUUGUUCAAUGCUCAGAUGCGAUUGGGUGGCCUGACUCAGGCACAAGGAAACCCAGUUCUCGCUGUACAGAUCAACCAGGACAAGAACUUUGCCUUUUUAGAGUUCCGGUCAGUGGAUGAGACGACUCAGGCGAUGGCUUUUGAUGGCAUUAUAUUCCAAGCACAGAGUUUAAAAAUCCGCCGACCACACGACUACCAGCCGCUGCCAGGCAUGAGCGAGAACCCCAGUGUUUAUGUGUCAGGGGUCGUUUCCACUGUGGUGCCUGACUCUGCUCAUAAGCACUUUAUUGGUGGGCUGCCCAACUACCUCAACGAUGACCAGCAGCUAGGGCUGAAGAAGGGUAAAUUUCUUUCCACUGGAAUUAACUGAUGAUUUUAUAGGUGAAGGAGCUGCUGACAUCAUUUGGCCCUCUGAAAGCUUUUAACCUGGUAAAAGACAGUGCUGCCGGCCUCUCAAAGGGUUACGCCUUUUGUGAAUACGCUGACGUCAACAUCGGCGACCAGAUCUUCAUAGAGUUCACGUCUGUGUAUGACUCUCAAAAAGCCAUGCAAGGUUUAACAAGCGGAAAUUUGCCAACAGAGUGG